AGCAUUUGAAUGUCCUGAUUGUGGAAAAAAAUUUAGUCACAAUUUCAGUCUGGUGAUGCAUCAGUAGAUUGACUCCAGGGAGGAACUGUAUGGUUGUCUAGAUUGUGAAAAAAACUUCAGUAGAAAUUUCCAUCUCAAGAGACACCAGAGAACUGACACAGAAGAAAAGCUCUUUGAAUGUCCUGAUUAUGGGAAAGUUACAGUUCCAGCCUGGUGAUACACCGGAAGACUCAAAUAGGAGAUAAAUGCUUUCAAUGUCCUGAUUGUUGGAAAACUUUCAGUUAUAAUUCCAUCUUGGUGAUACACCAGAGGAAUCAUAAAUGAGAAAAACCCAUUCAAUGUCCUGACUGUGGGAGAAGUUUCAGUCAUAAUUCCCGCCUGGAAAUACAUCAGAGGAUUCACUCCAUGGAGAAACCUUAUAAGUGUGUAGAUUGUGAGAAAAGUUUUGGUCGGAAUUCCCACCUGGUGAGACACCAGAGGACUCACACAGGAGAGAAACCCUUUGAAUGUUCUGACUGUGGAAAAAGUUUCAGUCGGAAUUCCCACCUGGUGCUACACCAGAGAACUCACACAGGAGAGAAACCCUUUGAAUGUCCUGUCUGUGGGAAAAGUUUCAGUCGGAAUUCCCACCUGGUGUCACAUCAGAUGACUCACACAGGAGAGAAACACUUUCAAUGUCCUAUCUGUGGGAAAUGCUUUAUUAAUAAUUCCUAUCUGGUGAGACAUCAGAGGACUCACACAGGAGAGAAACCCUUUGAAUGUCCUCUAUGUGGGAAAAGCUUUGGUGAUUAUUCCCAUCUGGUGACACACCAGAGGACUCACACAGGAGAGAAACCCUUUGAAUGUCCUGAUUGUGGGAAACGUUUUAGUCAGAAUUCCUACCUGGUGAUACACCAGUUGACUCACACAGGAGCGAAACCCUUUGAAUGUUCUGAUUGUGGGAAAAGUUUCAGUCAGAAUUCCUCCCUGGUGGUACACCAGAGGACUCACACAGGAGCAAAACCAUUUGAAUGUCCUGAUUGUGGGAAACGUUUCAGUCGGAAUUUCUGCCUGGUGGGACACCAGUUGACUCACACAGGAGAGAAACCCUUUGAAUGUUCUGAUUGUGGGAAACGUUUCAGAUGGAAUUACUCCCUGGUGGUACACCAGAGGACUCACACCAGAGAGAAACCCUUUGAAUGUCCUAUCUGUGGGAAAAGCUUUAGCACUAAUUCCAAUCUGGUGACACACCAGAGGAUUCACACAGGAGAGAAACCCUUUGAAUGUCCUGAUUGUGGGAAACGUUUCAGACAGAAUUACCUCCUGGGUAUACACCAGAGGACUCACACAGGAGAGAAACCCUUUGAAUGUUCUGAUUGUGGGAAAAGUUUCAAUGAUUAUUGCAAACUGGUGAGACACCAGAGGACUCACACAGGAGAGAAACCUUUUGAAUGUUCUGAUUGUGGGAAAAGUUUCAGUCAGAAUUCCAACCUGGUGGCACACCAGAGGACUCACACCGGAGAGAAACCCUUUGAAUGUCCUAUCUGUGGGAAAAGCUUUAGUACUAAUUCCCAUCUGGUGACACACCUGAGGACUCACAGAGGAAUGAAAUCCUUUGAAUGUUCUGAUUGUGGGAAAAGUUUCAGUCAUAAUUCCUUUUUGGUGACACACCAGAGGACUCACACCGGAGAGAAACCCUUUGAAUGUCCUGAUUGUGGGAAACGUCUCAGUCAGAGUUCCUACCUAGUGAUACACCAGAGGACUCACACCGGAGAGAAACCCUUUGAAUGUCCUAUCUGUGGGGAAAGCUUUAGUACUAAUUCCCAUCUGGUGACACACCAGAGGACUCACAGAGGAGAGUAACCCUUUGAAUGUCCUGAAUGUGGGAAAAGUUUCAGUCAGAAUUCCAAUCUAGUGAGACACCAGACGACUUAUACAGGAGAGUAACCCUUUGAAUGUCCUGAAUGUGGGAAAAGCUUUAGGAAUAUUAUCAAACUGGUGAAACACCAGAGGACUCAUAGAGGAGAGAGCCUUUGAAUGUCCUGAUUGUGGGAGAGGUUUCAGUCAGAAUUCCUACCUAAUGAUAAACCAGGGGACUGACACCAUGGAGAAAUCUUUGAAUUGUCCAGUCUGUACUCAUUACUUCGAGCAUAAAGGUAGAUGAGUUUAGAGAAUGCUUGAAUUUCAUUUGUGAUCUCCCUUGAAAGUGUAGGUGAGAAAUUGAUAGUUUUAAUUUUGGCCUGAUUUAUUUUGCUCAAAAAUUGCUCACGAUUAAAUUGGUAAGUGGAGUGAAAAGGAAAAUGGAAAUUGGCUAACUAGUAAUUUCUGUUUAUCAGGAAAGCUUCUGAAUAUUUCCUUUUCCAGAAAUAGAGGAAUUCCUCAAUAAGGAAUUUUGGGUGGAGUUUUUUUCUGUUGAUUAUGGAAUUCCCACAUGUGGAGUUUCAGUCUUCUACCUUGGUUUUGCCCAAUUUUCAGCCCCAGAAUUACACAGCCCACAGAAAAGUAGUCUUUAAGAUGUAACUAUGAUGGGCAUUGAAUUAAGGUUGCAGGUUCCAAUGGCUGUUAAGUGAAAUUACUUUCCUUAACUACCCAAAUCCGCCUGGUCUCCAUGAUGCAGCCAUUAAUCAAAUGUGCGAGUUGCUAAGUAGAACACUUUCUACUCAGAGCUAGAAAAAAAUUCCUCGGAGGCCUAGUGCAGGGCUAGGGCUGCCUUCCUUAGGCAUCUCUAGUCCUUCCCCACCCUCCAAGACAUCCCUUUCCUUUGUUUCCUAACCCUUGAGUCCCCUUGGUCCUUCACCCCCUCCCCCAGGGUGGGAAGGUAAGAAUAUAUAUCAGUGAUGGCUAAUGGUUUUUGGAUCAUGUGCCAAAACCAGGGGGAGUGCAAGGGGGUCGUGCGCAGGCAUGCCCACACCCAUAAUGCUAUGCGCCCAUCACCAGAGUGCAUGCGUCCAUGACCAGCGUUCUCCCUCUGCUUUUGAUGUCCGUUUUUUGCCCUCUGAGGCUCCAGAGGUUUUCUAGGAGGUUUGGGAAGGCAAAAACAGCCUCCCAUCC